AGCUACCUCUACCUUCCCCCGCUUCCCACAUUCUCAUUCCUCCCCACACACCAAUAAUUCGCGUUUUCUCCUAAAAGUGAGUCGUCUUCGUAAGAAUCAAUCAUGAUUGUCGGCCGACACCAUAGGACAUAGGACAAAUUAGAGUCGAGUAGCAGAAGGCACAGUUUGAUGUGUCGAAUCGCAGAAUCAAUUGCACCCACGGCAACGGUUUGUUUUUGAAAUCAAAAAGCAAGCUGUGAAAACAAAAAUUAGCUGUGUGUAGGUGUAUUAACUGGUGUUUUGUUGUUGAGCUACUGGUUCGUGUAUAGGAACUGUAAAACCGUGUAUGCAUACGAGCUAGUUUAUCAGGAAAGGUCAUUACAAACCUGCGGUUUAUGACCACCACAAUAUCGGGACAAAAGUCUUCCGUUCUAUGAAUGUUUUUUGCAAGUAACGACAAACUUCCUUCUCCUUGUACAUAAUCGAUUUACUUUAUCAAUAACUUUAAGUCCGUCGAUAUCAUUUUCAUGUCCUCCCCCUUACCCCCGGAACAGGCGGCCGCCCCCGGUGGGUCCGCCUUCGGUUCGUGGUGGAGAGGUACGGCUGCGCAAACCCCGCAACAAACCCGCAAGAAUUCCGCGAUAAUUAUGAAUACAGGCAUGAGCAGUGGCAACUCGUCGAAAGACCAGGGAUCGUUGCCCCGCGAAGGAGAGAAGCGGACUGCAACCCCAAGCGCUCCUCCUGGUCAUCAUUCCACCUCGAGCGGGGCUUCUGUGCUGAAGCCGACAUCGUCUUCACUAGCAACAGCGAGACAGCAGCCUAAUAUCUUCCCGUCGAAAAUGAAUAAAUCCCCGUCGGCACAAAAGCGGUCGAUAAUCGCUUUGUUCCUCAUCUCGCUUCUCAUGUACGCGCGUUACCUGAAAAAACAGUACUCCUCCUCCACUAAGUUGCGGUUUUUCCUGGGGCGCUGGCUCCUCUCCACGGUGAAAACGUUUGUGGUGGCCGUCGGCAGCUGGCGGUUGUUCUACUACCUGCUGGACAGCCGGCCGGCCUUCCGGUUCCUGGUCGACAGCUUUUGGCCCUGGCUGCCGGUGGUAACGCAGCCGUUCCGGGUGACGUAUCUGGUGCUCUACAAGGCGGUCUUUCUGCGGCGGAUGACCAGCCCGAAGUGGAGCGCGCGGAUGGAGUUUCUGGUGGAGGCCACGCGGUCGCCGCAGUGGAUCGUGCACGCCUUCUUCAAGGGCGACGGGCUGGCCUACCUGCGCGACUGCGUGCAGCCCCUGUCGCACUUCAUCACGAUCUUGGACAAGUACGAGCUGCUCCUGACGAAGGCCUCCUUCCCCGGGGUGCGCAUCCAGCGCCACCCGCGGGGCAUCCAGUCCGAGCCGUGCCGGAUCACCUGGUUCGACUUCCCCGGGCCGGUGCGCCCGCAGCAAUCCGUCAGCGCGCGCGUGUGGAACUGGCUCUUCCCAGAUCGGAACGCCGGGGCGGCGACAGGUACUUACUUACUACUAGCGGCCAAAUUAUCUUUAUGUAGUCGAUAGAAGUACUGUGGUCGUUUCAUCUUCCUCAACUAGCAGCGUUUAUUGCCUUCUUUCGGUUCAUCUGCCUUAUUUGCGUAGUGGUCUCUUCGGUGGUUGAUGAAACAGCUAAAUUUCUACUCCCGAUUCAAGUAGGAGUCAUGAAAAGGAAAACAGUCCGAUAAAGCUCCUUCAACAUGAUCUACAGAAUCCUUCACGGCGCCCACCUCGCUCGAGAGCGACGACGCGGGGCUGAUCUUCUACUGCCACGUAUCAACUGCAAAAGUGUCUGGGUCUGGAAAGUUGCCAGGUUCUUUGUCAUGCAUAUUUUGAAUGAUCCAUGACGUCUGUGAUGUAUGCCCUAGCAUCACUGAUUUUUAGAGAACUUUUCGAUGCCUCUACCGCAUGAGAGAUACCCUUACCGCGUAGCACAAACUGGAGUCCUCUUGCUGGUCAUGCAGUGCAAAUUUGUUUAAUAGAAUCCAGAGACAGCAUGACAAGUUUAGAAUCUUCCAGACUCAGACACUUUUGCAAUCCAUACCACGGCGGGGGCUACAACUGUUUCACGGGCGACAGCCACUCGGAGUUCAUUUCCCGCCUACUGUACAAGUUCCAGCAGCGACACGGGAAGCGGCUGCGCGCGUGCGUGCCGGAUUACCGGCGGCCGCCGGACCACCCCUUUCCGAUAUCAAAUGUAAAAAUGUCUUGGUCUGGAAGAAUUCAUCUUUGUCAUGCUUGUCUGGCAUGACUCUUAAAUCUGUCACGCACGUUACCCAAGAGCUGCGUUUUUCUGUGAUGCAGAGGCGCAGUUUGUCAUGCAGAAUAGGCAACACCUAGAAGCUCAGAAACUUGUAGUCGUGCUAAGCGAGCAUUUGUAGCCUCAUCAUGAGACGCUACCCAGCAUCACAAGCUCCCAGACCCAGACACUUUUACACUUGAUAUCCGACCGCGGUAAACGACUGCGUGGAUUCCCUCCUCUUCGUGUACCGCACCUGCCCCCGCUACACGCCGCAGAACACGUACCUCGUCGGCGACAGUGCCGGCGGGGGGCUGUGCGUCGCCGUGCAACUGGUUCUCAAGGAGCGAAAUUUGCACCACUUGAUGCCGGCCUGCUCGGUGCUGAUUUCUCCCUGGGUCGACCUCACGGAUACGGGCUACAAGCCUGUCCCGGGGAUGUUGACCGUCACCGACAUCUGGGCGGGGAAGAUGAACAAAACCGCGAACGCGAAACUCGGGCAGCAGCAGCAGCUUUCCCCCCAAAUAAUCCCCGAGAUGAUGAAAGUCACCACUACGCCGGUCCGCAGCCGCACCCAGUUAUCAAAAGGAAAGAUCCUCCCUCCCCAUACCGAAAAGAAGUUUCUGAUGCUGGAUUUCAGUAUACAAAUCAGAUGUCUGUUGCAGUAGAGGACUGCAGGCAUAUGCCAAGCCUGAGCCGAGAGGUUUUUGCGUAGGCUCCUAGCAUGAAAAACGUCGAUGGUGUAGGCCCAACAGCAUCACAAACCGCCUGUAUAAUGCGGCGGAUUCUGUGGAUUUGCCUUCAUGCAAGACAAACAGGAUUUGUGGCCACAAAGCUGCAUCACAGAUUUUCAGAAGGAUGCGCUUUCAAUAUGGGGAGGGGGGAUGUUUCCUCACAAUACCAGUCGCUCGAAAACGAGGAGGGCGAGGUGACCAGCAGCACGGACGCGAGCGAGAAUUUGGCCAGCAAAACCACGGCCUUUAUCCACGUGUUGAAGAACGAAGAAGGUGGCCAGAAUCCGACGCAGCUGUGCGACGCCAACGUCGAGGACAAGCAAAAGCGCAAGGAGCGCAAGGAACGGCGGCAGAUCCUGCUGAACAACAAGUUUCCGGACUGCGACUAUGUCAACCCGUGCAUGCUGGAGUACGCAGCCUGCAUGUACUGCCCGGACGCGAAGCAGCGCGGCCACCCGCUGUGCUCCCCGCUAUAUGGCGAUUUGGUGAAUUUGCCGCCCAUGCUGAUUCAGACCGGCGGCGGCGAGAUGCUGCGGAAGCAGAACCUGAAGUUUGCGUCGCGCGCGCGGGCCUACGGAGUCGACGUGCAGCUGCUCAUCUACGAGGACAUGCCCCACGUGUUCCAGUUCUUCACCCCUUUCGUCGAGUUGAGUCAGCAGGCGCACGCGCACGCGGUGGACUUUCUGGAGCACCGGAUUGCGAACGCGAGUCUGGAGUCCGACACGGCCUGCUCCGAGUUUACGGAUUCCACGUCCGCGCGGGACUUUUUCCUUCACGACCCCUUCCCCGGCGGGCACAACUACCUCAUCCGGAAGGGCGGGCGGUUUUCGCAAGUGGACGAGCACGAGAACAACGAGGACGACAUUCCGGACCUGCUGCCGAAGCGCAUCAGCCAGCGGUCCUGGACCCAUCAGGAACUGCACCGGGGGAUGUCCAGUAACAGCAGCAAGGAAACGGCCGUUUUGCAACGAAUUUCGAGCGACGACGGCGAGGACGGGGCAGCCGGUCGGCGCGAGCAGCGCCGGCGGGGGUCUUCGAGCCGAAAGGGAGCUGUCACUGGUUCGAGCGAGAGGAAGAGUAGAGGAACUACUAGCGGAGUUGUUUCUGACCACGCUGCAAAUUCCAAUAAUCUGCUUCCAGACGGCAGCACGACCGGCGCUUCGUCCAGUGCGAAUCACAAUAACAAGAGUGGUUCGAAGAGUAGAAGUAUUACAAUGAAAAAUGCCCCCACCCCCGAACUUGAAAGCAUUUGUAUUGCAAACCUUUCCAAAUGAAACAUUCGCCCUCUUGCAUGUAUCAGCAUCACAGAUUUCCGAUUGUGAAUAGCAAAAAUUUGUAUUGCAAAAGAUCCCAGCAAGAGCGGUGCUCGUCAUGCAAGCGAUGCGAAACAACACUAGAAUCUGCAUCAGAAAGAUUCAUAUUCCUUUCAUGCAUGACAAAAAGGUUUCAUUUGGAAACCUCGCAUCACAAAUUUUUGCAACUUUGGGGGUGGGGGGCACUUUUCACUGUAAUAAGAAGGCGGUCCACGGUGCACCACCGGAAUUCAACAGCUUUUUUGUCCUCCGGGUUGAAAGACAUCAAUUUAGGAGACCUAUCAAAUGCAAAAGUGUCUGGGUCUGGAAGAUUGCAACUUGUGAUGCUGUCUCUGCAUUAUACAAAAAUCUGUAUUGCGUGACCAGCAAGAGGGCUCCAGUUUGUGCUACAUGGAGAGGGUAUUUCUCAUGCGGGAUAGGCACGAGAAAGCCCGCUAAGAAUUUGUGAUGCCAGGUUAUGCAUUAGAGACGUCAUGUGUCAUGUAAAAUCUGCAUGACAUCCGGGCCACUUCUUAGGGUGGUCGAGAAAGUCAGGCUAAAGACGGUACGGGCAGAAGUGGAUCGGUUUAAACGCGCGCUAGUAUGUAGCGUUAGUUAAGGUAAAUUAUACUUAGUGUAGCUUGGGUUAGAUAGUUUAUUUCCCAUCUUGGGGCUUGUAAUGUAGUUGCUCCGCCCUUGGUUGUUCGGGCUUGUUCCGGCCUUUUGCAUGAUCUGAUGCUGUAUUGGUCGGUGGUGUAGGUGGUUCCAUCUCUGCUCGGUCGCGGACGUUUUUGCAUUUGUCCGCUGCGACAGUUCGCCUUGUUGCAGCUGCUCGCCAUGAAGACAACUACAUUACAUCUCGCCUCACUUUUUUAAGAUGGGUUUUUUCGUACUUCGGACUGUGCCAUAGUAGAUGACUUUACCGCUUUUUUACUUUUCUUUUAUCCCUCAGCGCUGGUGGGUCUGCCGGCAAAGUUAUCCCUACAACUCAGAUGGCUACAAAGCUCAUCCCGCAGCCGUCCCAGGAGCUCUUGUGACUGUCUCUCGGUAGAGAUCGCUUUGCCCGUGCUUAUUCCGCUCAGAGUUUGCUGGGUAGGUGGCUACCGUUUUAAGUUUAUAAACGAAUGGGACGCCCUGCCCUUAGCCUUCCAACAGGACAUCCAGACCCAGACAUUUUUGCAUUUGAUCCAGAAGGCGGUCCACGGUUCACCACCGGAAUUCAACAGCUUUUUUAUCCUCCGGGCUGAAAGACCUCAAUUUAGGCGACCAAGAGGAGAACAAUGGUAUCGAACACCUGCGGCAACACAGCACGGAGAAUAUAUUCACGGAGCAGGCGGAGCGCGCGGCAGCCAGGAAGCAGUCCACGACGAGCACACGGAAAAUGGCGGUUUUGUCCAAAAAGUUGCGCAGUUUCGGGGACCUGCAUCUGCACUCCAACUUCCACGACGAACCGCUGCGGAAACUCGCGAUGCCAUGAUCAUCUUCAAACUGGGCGAUAAGAAUUUAGGGCCUGUUGAUGCACUUCUUCGUCUGCUUCCAACACGACUCCCUCCCUCCGCACACGGCGCAUAUUACCGGAUGCUGGUUUAAAACACAUUCACAGACCAAAUGCCGCAAAAAUGAUAGAAGUGAAGUAGUUACAAUAUGGAAAUUUGUUUGGGUUCUAUUAGUCAUACGAUUUGAAAAAUAUAGACGACAUGAACUUUUCCAUCUGAUAUGACCCCGAGGCGAGAAGUGGCACCGCAUCGGAGAUUCGGAACAUGGGUGUAUAGGCAGGCUAAGAGGGAGAAAGGAGCAGGCGGCGUCGUUCCUCCUCUCUGGCGUUUGUUUAUGAAGAAGGGCAAUAUGAUUUUUAGGAGAUGUUGAAGGUGACUAGCACUUGCAUCACAAAAGUUGGAACAUGAGACUCCUCGCUUUGAAGGGCAUAUCGGGACGAGUGUUUCUACUAGGGCAGUGCAUGUGUAUGGGUCGACGUGUGAUUGUAUAUUACUGUUCUGUCAUUGGCACUCGGGACCCAGUAACCUGUUUGGAACUUGAAGAUGAACCAAGUUCUUCCAGAUUUUUCGCACUUUUUGGAACUUUUUUUUGCCGACAUGAUGUCUACUUUGUCGUGACUUUAU